AUGCCCGCCGACAACGCGUCAGGUGAGAACGAAGGCCUCCUCCGCCCCCUGCAGCCACUGUCGCGACGCUCCGGGUACCUUGCCCGCGCCGCCAGCGCAGCGUCGUAUCCUAUCAUCGGCAUCUGGUACUUCCUGCGCCACCGCGACUUCUGGCCGCUGUUCUCUGGCCGCAUCGUUCCGUUGACCCUCAUAUCCUUUAUUGUCUACUUUCUUCUCUUUGCCUUUGCCUUUCUGCCGCAGUACGCCUUUCUGGCUCUCUUCCACGGCUGGGGUGCCUGGGUCAGCGCCGUUGUGCUCGUCCUGGGCGAGGGCCUGGUCGUCAUCCAGGGUCUUUUCGAGGGAUUCUUUGUUGAUGAGUGCCGCGUCGAUGUCUUUGAUGCCACCUUGAUCAAGCUCUCCUGCACCGAGCUUGUCUCCCCCCACAGGGUACUCUACUCGGAUGCCCCCAACGAGGUCAAGAUGCUGGGGAAGCCGACGACGUCGGCCGUCUACACGCCCUGGAGCAUCAUCCAGAUGGUCGAGCUUGUCGUGUUCCUGCCCCUCAACCUGAUCCCUUGGGUCGGCAUGCCGGCUUUUAUCAUCAUCACCGGCACACGCCUCGGCAAGUUGGCGCACUACCGCUGGUACCAACUCCGCGGCUUCUCCAGGGAAGAGCGCAAGAGGGAGGCCAAGCAGCUCGUGUGGGAGGACAUCUGGUUCGGCACCGUGGCCAUGAUUCUUGAACUCAUCCCCAUCCUGUCUCUCGUUUUCCUGCUCACAACCACCGCAGGCGCUGCCCUGUGGACUGCCAAGAUAGAAAAGGAGAGGGCCGCGGCUCCUGGAGAUGACUCUGACGGGCACGACGAAUCCAACGAGCGCGACGGCCCUCCGCCUUAUGCCGACCAUCUGGCGUGA